AUUUAUUCCAUCCAACUUCUCAUAAGCCCUGAAACAUCGUUAGCUAGCUCCGAUACCUCUCCAAGAAAAUAAGGUAAACCACAAAAAUGGGAUCCGAAUCUCUUGUCCAUGUCUUCCUUGUCUCCUUCCCAGGUCAAGGUCACGUUAACCCUCUUCUCAGGCUCGGCAAGCGCAUCGCCUCCAAGGGUCUCCUCGUCACUUUCUGCACCCCUGAAACCUGGGCCAAACAGAUGAGAAAAGCCAGCAACAUCACCGACGAGCCUGCUCCCAUCGGCGACGGCUUCAUCCGGUUCGAGUCAUUCGACGACCGUUGGCCCGAGGACGAGCCCAGACGCCAGGACCUGGACCAGUAUCUUCCCCAGCUCGAGCUCGUCGGCAAGGAGAUUCUUCCUCUCAUGCUCAAGGCUCACGCCGACCAGGGCCGGCCGGUCUCUUGCCUCAUCAACAAUCCCUUCAUCCCUUGGGUCACAGACGUGGCCGAAUCACUUGGCCUCCCUUCUGCUAUGCUGUGGGUCCAAUCCUGUGCUUGCUUCUCUGCGUAUUACCACUAUUAUCACAAGCUCCUUCCUUUCCCGUCAGAAGAUCAGAUGGAAAUCACCGUGCAGCUCCCGAAGAUGCCACUGUUGAAGCACGACGAGAUUCCGAGCUUCUUGUAUCCGACAACCCCGUACCCUUUUCUAAGAAGAGCAAUCAUGGGACAGUAUAGGAAUUUGGAAAAACCUUUCUGCAUCCUAAUGGACAGCUUCCUAGACCUGGAACACGAGAACGUGGAAUACAUGUCCAAGAUCUGCCCCAUUCGAACCGUCGGACCGUUGUUCAAGAACCCGAAGGCUCCCCACAGCACUGUGAAGGGUGACCUGUUGAAAGCUGACGAUUGCAUCGACUGGCUCAACACGAAACCUCCUUCCUCAGUGGUGUACGUUUCAUUCGGCAGCGUGGUGUUCCUGAAGCAGGAGCAAGUGAACGAGAUAGCUCAUGGGCUUUUGGAUUCUGGGGUUUCGUUCAUCUGGGUUAUGAAGCCACCGCAUAAGGAUUCUGGGUUCGAGCCUCACGUGCUUCCGGACGGGUUUUUGGAGAAAGUAGGGAACAGAGGGAAGGUAGUUCAGUGGAGCCCGCAGGAACAGAUCCUGGCCCACCCAUCCGUGGCAUGUUUUGUGACUCACUGUGGAUGGAACUCCACCAUGGAGGCUAUAACUUCGGGGAUGCCACUGGUGGCGUUUCCUCAGUGGGGGGACCAAGUGACGAAUGCUAAAUACAUAGUUGAUGUCUUUAAGGUUGGGGUGAGGAUGUGCAGGGGUGAGGCUGCAAAUGAGUUGAUCACGAGAGAGGAAGUGAAGAGGUGUAUUUUGGAGGCUACGGUGGGGAAUAAGGCCAAGGAGAUGAAGGAGAAUGUGUUGAAAUUGAAGGCUGCGGCGGAGGCCGCCUUGGCAGAGGGUGGCUCCACUGACCAAAAUAUUCAGGAAUUUGUGGAUGAAGUGAAGAAGAGGAGUGUAGAAAUUUUGAAGAAGAGUAGCAAGAUUGUUGAUGGUUCUGUGAACAAGGUGGCGUCACUGUUAAAUGUCGCAGGAGCAGAUUUGCUUGGUGCCAAGUCGAACGGAAAGGUUCAGGUGGCUUGAAGUUCUCAUUAUUCCAGCUGAGAAAUUGCGUGUGUUAAAAGAUAUAUAAUUGUCUGGGGAAUGUGUGGAUUUCAAGGCUUCCAGUUCUAUGUUCUGAUUAUGAUUAUUAAUUCGGCCUUCACAUGUGUCAUGGCAACGAAACAAUAAUAAUGUGUAUGAAUUCUUAUAGUUUUAUUUCUGUCCAAUGAAGAAAUUUGCAUUAUGAUC